ACUAGCUGCGGCCAUAGACCGCAAGCGGAGGGAGGAGGAGGCAGGGGACUAACAAACCCCCGACUUUAAUCCUGUCCACAAAAUAACUUUCAAAUCUUUAUCAUGUUAAAAUAGUCCAGUCGCUAUCAUUUCGAGGCACUUCUGUGGAAUUUAAGGACUUAAGCAGAAGUUUGGAAGAAGGCGAAGGAACUUUGAGAAGCUGCGCUUGUACCAGAAACCACACAAAAAAGAAGAAGAAGAAGAAGAAAACUAUGGCGCUCAGAGCGAGAGCUUUAUACGACUUCGUUUCUGAAAAUCCAGGAGAGAUUUGUGUGGUGGAAAACGAGAUUUUAACUUUAUACAGCGAAGCUGUAGUGGACGGAUGGUUAGAAGGUACAAACAGCCGAGGAGAGUCGGGACUCUUCCCCGCGUCGUACGUCGAGAUCUUAAGAACCGAAGAAGGAUUUUCAGUACAAGGCAACGGGACUGCUGGAAACAUCUACAACCCCAGAACCGGAAGUGAGUAUGCCUACCAAGUGAGAGGGGACACGUCAAGCGAGUCCACCCCUCAGAGACACGGUUAUCCUACAAGCCAAGGCAGCGAUGACGACUGGGACGACGACUGGGACGACAACCCGACGGCGACCACGACGGCGAUGACGACUCACGACUCCAGUGUACAUCAGCACAAACAUCAACCCAGUCGCGCCAACUCGGUGUCUUCACGUGGCAGCGGUGGUCAGCAAGCCCGAAGCUCAGCGACGGUUGGGAAAAACCUCAACAGGUUUUCCACCUUCGUGAAAUCAGGAGGCGAGGCGUUUGUUUUGGGCGAGGCGUCCGGAUUGGUCAGGGAUAGCGAUCAAAUCUGCGUGGUCAUGGGUCCGUUCGGUCCCGAGUGGCAAGAGAGCCCGCGUCCUUUCACGUGCACCAUCGACGAUCCGACCAAACAGACCAAAUUCAAGGGGAUGAAGAGUUACAUGUCGUACGGCCUUACGCCCAGCCACACGCAAAACCCCGUGAACCGCCGCUACAAACAUUUUGACUGGCUGUACGCGCGUCUCGUAGAACGCUUCCCGGUCAUCUCCGUUCCCCACCUUCCCGAGAAGCAGGCCACGGGUCGCUUCGAGGAGGACUUCAUUUGCAAGCGCAGGAAGGGUCUGAUCUGGUGGAUGAACCACAUGACGAGCCACCCGGUUUUAUCCAGGUGCGACGUCUUCCAGCACUUCCUGACCUGCAGUAGCAGCGACGAGAAAGCCUGGAAGCAGGGGAAGCGCAAGGCCGAGAAAGAUCACUUGGUGGGCGCCAACUUCUUCCUCACCAUCGUCCCGCCGGCCACCCCGCUCGACCUCCAAGACGUGGAAAGCAAAGUGGACGGCUUCAAGACGUUCACCAAAAAGAUGGACGAGAACAUCGUGCAAGUCAACGUCACCAUCGGCGAGUUCGCCAGGAAGCAGAUGACCGGGUUUAAAAAGGAGUAUCAAAAAGUUGGACAGGCCUUUCGGUUGCUCGGGCAGGCCUUCGAAUUGGACCAGCAGGUGUAUUCGGUCGAGCUGAACCAAGCGAUGGCAUUCACCGGGGCCGCCUACGAGACCAUCGGGGACUAUUUUGCCGAACAACCUCGCCAGGACCUGGAUCCGGUGUCGGAUCUUUUAGCGAUUUACCAGGGACAUCUAGCAAACUUCCCAGACAUCAUCCACGUUCAGAAAGGUGCUCUGACCAAAGCGAAGGAGAGCCAGAAGGACAGAGACGUCCCGGCGGCGCACGACAUCCACGAGCGCUGCAACAUCAUUUCCUGUGCCACGCUGGCCGAGAUCCAGCACUUCCACCGCACCCGAGUACGCGACUUCAAGGCCCAGAUGCAGCACUACCUCCUGCAGCAGAUCUCCUUCUUCCAGAGGAUUACAGCCAAACUGGAGGAAGCGCUGCACAUGUACGACCAGGCUUGAAAAAGAAACAGACAGCAAGCCUUAAACUCUGCAAUCCUGAAAGAACGUGUACAAUCAGGACAUUUUAAUACUGCACGCUGUAGACGUUCUCGUCACGUCUCUUAAUCAGGAAAGAUCCGGAACACGCGUACGUGUAGGACAUAAUAUGUAGACAGAACAGGGGCCCCGAAAAAACGCAGUACGUCUCGCUCGUAUUUUCCGUUUUUGUAAGAAAAAAAAAAAACAAUAAAGACAUCCUUUUUGUCUUUGUUUGGUUUUUUUUUCUUCUUCUUCUUCUUUUUUAAUAUGGGUGUUUAGUGUUCACUAAACCUGAAAUCAGAAUAAUUUACUGAGUAAUAACAUCAAGCAGAAACAAUUAAUAUUAACAUCAAAAUAAUAGUGCAGAAGGAUCAAUAAUAUACAACUGCCGUUCCGAAUAUCCACUAAAUAAAUGUUAUUAAAAUAUUUUUGUUGGAUUUGGACGGUGACAUCAUUUUCAUAAUUCUGCCUCUGUAUGCCGGUACAGUGGGUUUGAAAUGAAGCGAUCAAGAUGUGAUUGAAAUUCAGUCGGUUUAACAAAACUAUCGCUUUAACCGUUUAGGAAUUACAGACAUUUUCCCUCCAUAUUCACAGGCUCAAAAGUAAUUGGACAAACCAACAUAAGCAUAAAUGUUAGGAUUAUUUGUAAUACUUGGAUGCAAAUCCUUUGCAGUCGACGGCUGCUUGAAAUCUGGAACCCACGGACAUCAUCAGAUGCAGCGUUUCUCCCUUGAGAUGCUCUGCCAGGUCUUUACCGAAGCUGUCUUCAGCUGCUGCGUAUUUGCGGGUCUUUCUGCCUUCAGUUUCUUCUUCAGUAAGUGAAAAGCAGCUCAGUUGGGUUGAGAUUAUCGGACAUUUAAGAACAUUUCAUUUCUUGUUCUUAAGAAGGCCUUGGGUUGCUUUCACGGUAUGUUUUGGGUCGUUAUCCGUCUGUACAGUGAAGCGCCGUCCUGCAGCGUUUGGCUGAAUCUGAGCCGAAACUAUAGCUCUAUACACGUCAGAAUUCAUCCCGCUGCUUCUAUCAGCAGUCACAUCAUCAAUAAACACCAGUGAACCAGUUCCAUCGGCUGCGUACGUGCCCAUGCCAUAACACUGCCUCCACCAGGACAGACGAUGUGGGAGGUUCUGGAUCAUGAGCUCUUCCUUUCCUUCUCCAUUCUCUUCUCGUGCCAUCAUUCUGGUACAAGUUCAUCUCGCAUCAGAACCAGUCAGGCUUUUUUUUUUUUUUUAGCAAUGUCUAAUCUGGCCUUUCUGUUCUCGAGUGUUCCCACUGGUUUGCAUCUUGAGUUAAACCGUCUGUAUUUACACUCACGAAGGCGUCUCUUGAUUGGAGACCCACCUCCUCCAGAGUCUUCCUGACGGCUAGAGCUCGUGAAGGGUUUUUUUUUUCUUCAGCAAGGAAAGAAUUCCUCUUAAUUUGUCAGGAAAUAACAAAAUGUGUCACUGUCCAAAUACUUAUGGAUAUAACUAAGUUAUAAGGGCAGUUAUUUAAAAAAAAAAAAAAACUUAUAUAAAUAAUAACAAUAGUAAAAUAAACAUUUUUGUUUGUAAAUUUGCUAUAAUAUUUUGUUUGAAACUGGCUUAAAAAACUUAUUAUAUAAUAUAAAUAUAAAUAUUUUAGUGUUCAAUACGUCUAAAUUCAGGGUAAUUAGAGAGUAAGAACAUCAAACAAAAAAAGGUAUUAAUUUUCACUUCAACAUAAGAAAUAAAUUAAUAAUAAUAAUAAUAAUAAUAAUUUUUAUUUAAAAUUCACUUACAAAAAUUUACAUGAGAAAGUUACUUAGAAAAAUAUAUAACUAAAUAAUAAUAAUAAUAUUAAUGAUAAUAAUAAUAGGUUUGUUUGUGGUUUUUAUUUGUAAUAUAAAUGUAUUUCGUGUUCUAUAAAUCUAAAGAAUAAAUAGAUUAAGGAAUGUAUUAAUAUUCACGUUAAAAUAAGAAAAAAUUAUAUUUAAAUUAAAAAAAAAAUUUUUUUUAAGGUUUGUGUUUUGAGAUUUAAAGUCACUGACAAAAAGAUUUUAAUUAAGAUUUUAUUUAGUGGAUAUUCUUUAGCGGAUAUAUAUCAUUUUUUUUUUCAACGUGCACAUGUACACUCUUUGAAAGCAUUUUUUUUUAAUUCAGUAACUUUUACGAUCUAACCACGUUUGGUUUCCGUUAAGCAGAAACCAGAAAACUAAAGCGUGCAUUUACAUUUUAAAGCGUUUUUUAACCUGUCGGAGAAACGCAGGCCUCAUCGGCUUGAAACCUCGUAACCCGUUUCCUGUAUCUGUGUACGUGUACAGUGCUCACCCUGCUUUCGGACAAUAAUCUUUUCCCUAACAGCUGGAAUUUGUGCCUUAGUUCAACUCCCUUCUUAUUUCCUGAGUCAUGUUUUAAAUACAGAUCUGUAUUUAUGAAACUCAGAUGUUUUAGUGAUGUUUUUUUUAAAAAUUAUUAUUCAUA